GCGUAAAUUUUAAAAAUGCGUAAAAAUAAUGUUAUUAUAUGCGUAAAAAAAAUGUUAUAUACGUAAAAAAAAUCUUACAUGCGUAAAAAAAAUGUUAUAUACGUAAAAAAAAUCUUACAUGCGUAAAAAAAAUGUUAUAUACGUAAAAAAAAUCUUACAUGCGUAAAAAAAAUGUUAUAUACGUAAAAAUAAUCUCAUAUUCCGUAAAAAAAAUCUUAUAUCCAGUUUUCGUCUGCCGUGACCUUGUUAUUAAAAUAAAUAAAUAAAAUGACCCGCCAUAUUUGCUUAUAAUGUGCGGGAAAACUUUGAUGAAGUUCUUUCCCUCUCUUCUCUGUUGACGUCAAUAUGUUUUGCAGAUUUUGUGGUAAAGAGAUUACUGGGAAGUAUUGUGGAGAGUGUGGAAAGGACAGUAGUGUGAAUAAAGAGGAUGAUUCUGGAAAGGUUAAGACUUUUAAUGAUUUUUUAAAAGAACGAAGUAAGUCAAGAACGACAACGCUUCCCCAAAAACGAAAAAUUGACAUACGUGAAGUGAAAGAAAGCACGAUAUUUGCUUCUAUACUACGUAGGGACGAAGGCGAUAAUUUAAAACAAGAAAAAGGCAGUAGACUACCAAUUAAGGUAAACACUGAUUGGGGACCGUACCCAUUGAAACAAGCUGUUUUUGAAAAGUUUCAGCGUUAUCACAGGAAUUUCCAUCAUAACAAGAUUAGUGACUUCAAACUGGUAUACAAGAGUGGCGAAGUUAUAAAAUAUAUACCAGGAACUAAAACUGAGUUUAGUGUUAAAAAAUACAAAGAAGACUUAGGUGUUGGUUACCACUCUAUUGUUGUCUAUUUGAUGGAAUAUAUGGUUUCAACAGACUCAGAGGAUAAUAUAGAAGACUGUGAUGAUAAUGACUUGCCAAAUAUGUUAGAUAUUUAUAAUGAAAGUUCUGCUAUAUCUUCUGAUCCUGUCAUUUCCAGUGCAAGUGUGCUGUAUGAUCAUAGUUAUGUUGAUUCCCGUAUUUGUCAAGUGUGCUUUUGUACAUCAAAAUUAAAUGGAAAAUGUUUAAUUUGUUCCCAAAACAAGGAAUAUCAGGCUUCACUUGCCAUCGACUCAUCUUCACUUCGCAGUACAGGGUCAUCAACUGUUACUAGCAAUACUGUUGCCCAUGAUGCAUUCUCCCAUGAUGAACCUCAAUUGUCUCCAGCAUCUAUUCGCCGAGCAAGAUUAGAACGAUUUAAUGAUAGCACUGAUGAAGUUGUUCUGGUUAAGAACUUGGAGGUACAUCGAUUGCACUUGCGAGAGGAAUUGAUGAAAUUAUUUAGUGAUUCAUCGAUAAUGGACUUUCAAGAGCUAAAUUUCACUGUUAUUGAUGCUAGAGGCCAAAAAGAGUCAGGGAUUGGGCAAGGAGUCACUAAGGAUGUAAUGUGUACAGUUUUUAAUGAACUUAGCAACUCCCACAUGAUUGGUUUCUCAGAAAAAGUUCCUUCCAUCAGACAUGAUAUGAGUAGAACCGCAUAUACAUAUAUAGAGUUUUUUUUUAGAUGUAUAUUUUUUAUAUAUAUUAAAGUUAUGUUAAUAAAAGUUUUUUUAAACUUUCUCUUCAAACUGUAAAGUUUUGUUUUAACUUUUUCUCAUCAAACUGUCAACUACGAAGCUGUAAACGACUAAGUUUUUUUUAUCGAUGAAAAUUUGACUGGAAUAUUGAAAAAUGGAUCGAAUUAUGUCGAAGUUUU